AUGUUAGAUACUGUGCAGUCGAAGCUAAAGUAUUGCAGUAAAGAACUCAAGAAAUGGAGCAAGAACUUGGAUAGUGAGAGAACUAAAGUCAUUAAGGAAAAAUCAAUGCUGUUGGAUCAGCUUCAACAAAAUGAAGAUCCGUGUUCUAUGGCUGCUCGGAAACAGCUUCAGAGGGAUAUAGAUUUUCUUCUAGAUCAAGAGGACAUCAAAUGGAAGGAAAGGGCAAAGAAACACUGGCUAGAAAAGGGGGAUCGUAAUACUAAGUUUUAUCAUGCUUGUGUCAAUCAGAGGAAGAAGAAUAAUUCAAUCCAAAAAGUUGUCACUGCUGAAGGGGUGCUUUUGACAGAACCUGGAGAAAUUUUGCUUGGCUUUGGGCAGCACUUUUCUCAGGUAUUUCUCUCUACUCAUCCUCCUAGAGAUAUCAUUAUGCAGUGUUUAGCAGGAGUGGACACUCGAAUCUCUGAUGACAUGAGACUAGAUUUGGAGAGGGGUUUCUCAAGUGUGGAUGUACUAUUUGCCUUAAAACAAAUGUCUCCUUUUAAAUCUCUCGGGGCAGAUGGGUUUAGUGCUGGUUUCUUUUUAGAUCACUGGGAUAUUGUGGGAACGGAUGUUUCUAAUGCUGUCUUGGAAUUCUUAAGCAAUGGAGUUAUGCCUGCAGGACUAAAUCAUACUUUGAUUGCUUUGAAUGAAAAAAGUGCUGACUACGGUUAUCUCAUGGAACCAAAGUGCUUUUAUCCCAGAGUGGAGUGGGAUUUUUUGGAAGCAAUGAUGUUGAAACUGGGAUUUGGAAACAAGUGGACAGGUUUGAUAAUGACUUGUGUAAAAUCUGUUACUUAUUCUGUUAAGGUAAAUGGGGUUCCUGGCAUCAGUUCUUUAUUCCAACAAGCUGAGAGAGAUGGUCUUCUUAAGGUUGUUGCUGCUUCUAGGGGAGGCAUGCCCAUUAAUCACCUUCUUUUUGCAGGCGACUAUGUCAUUUUCUAUAAAGCAAAGCAUGAGGAGUGGAAUCACAUAGAACAUAUCCUGUGGCAGUAUGAGUGUGCUUCAGGUCACACUCUGAAGAAGCAAAAAACGUCUAUACUCUUUAGUUCAAAUACUGUCACUGCAGCAAGGGAGUUGAUCAUUGAGUCUACAAAUGGGGUUUUAUGUGGAAAUUACAAUAAAUGGCUUCCACAGCCUCUUACUUAUCGAGUUCAAACCCCUAUCAAUAGGCUACCUACAGACUCAACAGUGGUUGAGCUGAUUGAUGCUGAUUCUUUAACAUGGAAGACUGACUUAGUAGAAGGAGUUUUUAACUCUAAUGAGGCACUACAAAUCUGUAGUAUUCCACUCAGUUUGAGGAAUAACAGUGACCAAAUGAUAUGGGUGAGCAAUGCAAAGGGUGUUUUCUCUGUGAAGAGUGCUUAUUUCUUGGAUUGCCUUAUCAAACAACAGUUUGUUGGUGAAGCUUCGAAUGGAGUGGUUGUAGAAGAGCUAUGGAGGAAUCUCUGGCAGUUACAUGUCCCAGGGAACAUCAAACACUUUUUAUGGAAGGCACUUACUGACAUUCUGCCUACAAAACAGGUGUUACUGAAAAGACAAAUUGUGGAAGAUGGCUUGUGUCCUAUCUGUCAAAGCAACGAGGAGAAUGUUAUUCAUGUUCUAUGGAAUUGUUCUGCUACGAUGGAUGUUUGGGGGGAGAGAGAGAGUCCUCUAAACAAAUGGUGCUCUGGUUAUAAGGAUUUCAGAUUGUUAUGGUUGGACAUGGUUAACAGGUUGGAUGUUGUGCAGCUAGAUCGAGUGGCUGUUAUUCUUUACAAGAUCUGGGCUAGAAGGAAUUACAGACCACUUCCACAGAUCAAUGCAGUAGAAUGGAGGCCACUAGCAGAUCCUUUUUAUAAGUUAAACUUUGAUGAUGCUUUUGAUUAUGAGAAGAGGUUGAUGGGAAUUGGCAUAGUGGUGAGGAACAGCAGAGGAGAGGUGCUAGCUGUGGUUUCUGCUCCAAAAAGUCAUGUUUGUUCUGCAUUCUCUACAGAAUGCUAUGCACUUUUAAGAAGCAUCAAGCUGUGCCACGAGUUAUGCUUAUACCAGGUAGUGCUCGAGGGUGAUGCAAAGGUAGUAGUGGAUAGUUUCAAUGGAUAUAACAACAACCAUUCAUGGCAAGGGCUGUUGAUUGAAGAUAUACAAUUCUUUAUGAAGGGACAAGCAGAUUGGAGCUUAAAGUUUACUAAGAGACCUUGA